CGGAAUACGCUGCCCGCCUCUCACCUGUGAAAUAUUUCUCGCCAAACGAAACGGUUUAAGCGUUUUUGCUCGGAGUGCUGUGCUUUUAAAGCCCAACCGCGCGACUAUCAUUAGGAUAAAAACCCCCCCACAAACUUUUAUUUCGAAGCGAUACUACUAAAGCUGUUAGCUGGCUGGAUGCAGGGAUUUUCUGGCUGAAUUAAAUGGUAGCGGGCAAGGUAACGUGAACGUUGCAGGAGAAAUAAUCAUGGAUGUAGCAUUCAGUGAUUAUUAAAGGUAACGGUGCCUCCCCGUUGAAAUUAUCCGACAUUUCGAGUCUGCUGUCUGCGCAAACAACGGCUUGUUUCUCCCUCGGACGGCUGGACUUGGCUCCAAUAUCAGCUCGCCAACAGUGGUGAGGAAGCUAGCUGUCAAGUAGCAAGCCACAUCAGCACCGCUGAUAUUAGCCAGCCACGGUAGCAUCAGUAGACUUCACCAUGGCAGACAGUAUCAUGAGCAAGGCUGCUACCAUGGAGAUCCCCAUUAACAGCAAUGGAGACACAGGGACUCUGCCAGAGGAUGACAGCCUGGAGCAGGAUUUACAGCAGGUGAUGGUGUCUGGACCCAACCUGAAUGAAACCAGCAUUGUCUCAGGAGGUUAUGGAGGACCUGCAGGGGGCAUCAUUCCAACCAGCACCAUCAAAGGGCCUGCAAUUCGCUUCAACCCUGAGUAUCUGGACAGAAGACAAGCCCCUGCACCAGGAUCAGACAUUCGCAUGAAAUCCAGGGGUGUUAACUUUCCUAAGAGCCAGUCUGCAGCCUGUCGACUUGCCCAACACACAGACCAGCAUCCAGGGUCAUCGAACCAUAAUACUAGUAACUCCACUGAAGAAGUUACUCGUGGUGUGGCAGUGGAGAAAUUGGACAGUGUCAAGAAAUGGGGCAUAAACACAUACAAGUGUACCAAACAGAUGUUUUCAGAGAGGUUUGGCCGAGGUUCACGAACAGUAGACCUGGAGCUGGAGGCUCAGAUUGACGUGUUAAGAGAAACCAAGAACAAGUAUGAAAACAUUCUAAGACUGGCCACAGCACUCAUCAAUCAUUUUCAAAGCAUGGUGCAGACGCAACAGGCUUUAGGAGACACCUUCACUGACCUCAGCCAGAAGUCCCCAGAGUUGCAGGAUGAAUUUGGUUAUAAUGCAGAAACACAGAAGCUGUUGUGUAAGAAUGGCGAGGCUCUGCUCGGUGCUAUCAACUUCUUUGUGUCCAGUAUCAACACCCUGGUCAACAAAACAAUGGAGGAUACUUUGAUGACCAUUAAGCAGUAUGAAAAUGCAAGACUCGAGUUUGAUGCCUACCGUUCUGACCUGGAGGAGCUGAGUUUGGGACCUAGGGAUGCAGCCGCCAUGGUCCGCAUUGAGAUAGCUCAGCACGAGUACCAGAUCCACAGAGACAAAUAUGAAAGACUGCGUAGUGAUGUCACCAUCAAGCUCAAAUUCCUGGAGGAAAACAAGGUCUGUAGUUACAGUUUCUGUCUUUCCUGUGAAAUGCCGGCAUUUUUAAAGAGCAACUUAACACCUCCUGAAAUCUUGUUCUUGCUGACCCCCAGCGGUUUAACUUCACACUUUGCAGCAGUGAUGUAUAGGAGUACCCCAGGGCCCUGUGACAUCUCUGUCGGGUCUGGUUACAGGUGCAACAGUGCACACUUAAGAGCACACCUAACCACAGCCAUCAGUGAUGCUGAUGCCUGUUGUGAAACAAGCUCUAGACUUCAACUAGAGAGGGCAGUAAAACACUACUUUUCGGUCUGUUGUUACUCCAUAAAAAACAACCUCUCAAAAUUGCUCUUGAAUGGCUUUCUGAAUGUCGAAAAAAUCAACACCAGUUGGGAAAUCACAUUUAAAACAGAUGGAUGCCUUGGCUAUUUUACACUGUUAAGUAAGUCCAACGUUAACUUUUGACCAUUAUGAGCUUUAAGGGUGAUUUUCCACGUGAAGGCAGAAAACACACAUUCUUCUUAUCAGAUUAAGACCAGGUCAAACUAAAGGAAGUAGGCAGACUUUUUCAUGCACAUACACGAGCAUUUUCAUGUCUUAGAUAAUUACAAUACAGAGAGAGAAUUCCUCAAUUUUGUCAAAUUUAACACAGACCCAUGACCCAUUCUGUUAAAAACAUAAAACAUAAUUCUAUUUUAUUUUGGCAAUGUUUGCUAAAUUAAUGAAAAAUAAGAAAGAUAAAAAUCAUCAUUAGAUGCAGUAUCUAAGACCUUUCAUGCCUGAAAUAUCUUAAAACGGCCUGCCUCCCACUUGGGAUUUCAUCUUAGAGGAAUGUGCAAAUUAUUUUUAUGUUGAUUCCUCAGGAAGUAAUCUGAGCAGCUAGUAAAUGGCAUUUUAGUAGAUGUACAUGGGCUGUACUUUCCUGUAAACACUUUAAACUUUAAACUCUUCUUUUUCUUUUUUC